GAAGCAGCUCAGCAGAUGCAGAGGAGAGGCUGAUGAACAACCUGCUCUCCCAGGAACGAUACAACAAACUGAUCCGGCCAGCUGUUAACAGCACACAGCGGGUCUCCAUUCAGCUCCAGGUCUCGCUCGCACAGCUCAUCAGUGUGAAUGAAAGAGAGCAGAUCAUGACCACAAAUGUCUGGCUUACUCAGGAGUGGGAUGAUUAUCGUCUGAGUUGGGACCCUUCGGAGUAUGAUGGAAUUGACAAAUUAAGGAUUCCUCCUCGACACAUAUGGCUUCCUGAUAUAGUGCUCUACAACAAGUAUGUAUGUGUGGAGAGCAACAGGCUCG